AUGAGCAUGGCUACCCUCCCCAUCCUCCUCCUGCUCCUCGCGCCUCUGGCCGCUGCACAGACUUUGGGGCAAAUCUGCGGCAACGGCGGCAACUACACAUCUAAUAGCGCCUACCAAGCCAACCUCAGGCUCCUCUCUUCUACCCUCCCCAAAAAGGCCGCGUCCGACACCACCCUCUUCGCCACCGCCACCGCCGGCGAUGCUCCAGACACCGUCCACACCCGCACGCUCUGCCGCGGCGACACGAGCGCGUCCGUCUGCGAGAGCUGCGUGGCUACGGCCUUCAAAGAUGCGCAGCUGUUCUGCCCGUACAACAAGGACGCCACUCUGUACUACAAUGCCUGCAUGCUCAGGUUCUCCAGCCAGAAUUUUCUCGCCAACGCCGACGAUCACCUACUCAUCCUCAAGAACACCCAAAACAUCAUGGUGGACGAGGACUCCUUCAGGCUCUUCUUGUUCACGCUUCUCAACAGCACAGCUCAAUGGACCGUGAACAGCUUGAGGAGGUUCACGACCUCGACAUUAGACUUAGACAUCAGCCCGUCCACGACGCUAUACUGUCUUGUGCAGUGCACACCCGACCUGACCGCCAACGAAUGCGCCGCCUGUUUGCAGCCUUACUACCAGUAUACGAUUCACUACGUGGAUAGUAAGCAAGGUGGUCGAAUUCUGGGAACAUGGUGUACCAUGAGGUACGAGAUCUAUCCAUUCUUCCAGGGAGAGCCCACGCACCGUAUUACCAACUUGGCAUCUGCAGUUCCGGCCUACAACACUACGCUAGGGUCCACGCCAGUUACCGUGUCCUCGCAGUCGCAGCAACCAGCUGCUCGGUCGCCAUCCCCGGAGGCCCAAACGACCGUCCAACAACAUCAAGGACGCAGCUCACGCAAGAGGGCGAUGUGGAUUCUUGCUGUGGCGGCUCCACUAUUUUCAAUACUUUUUUGCUUUAUCUGUUCCGCUGUAUGGAUGAGAACACGAAGAAAAGGAAAGGUGAACUUAAACCAUCAAGCUGCACCGAAUAGACGGGAAGAAAAUGCACUGGUUUGGAGAUUGGAGGAGAGGAGUUCAGAGUUCACUCUCUUUGACUUUUCUGAGAUGUUGCAUGCUACACACAAUUUUUCCAAACAGAAUAUACUUGGGCAAGGUGGUUUUGGCCCUGUCUACAAGGGACAACUACCAGAUUUAACGGAAAUUGCAGUUAAAAGGCUUGCUUCACAUUCAGGACAGGGUUUCACAGAAUUCAAGAAUGAAGUUGAACUUAUUGCAAAACUACAGCAUAACAAUCUGGUCAAACUCUUGGGAUGCUGCAUUCAGGGGGAGGAAAAAGUUUUGGUGUAUGAGUAUUUGCCAAAUAUGAGCUUGGACUUCUUUAUAUUUGAUGAAAACAGAACAACUUCAGUUGAUUGGAAAAAGAGGUGUGUGAUAAUCGAAGGGAUAGCCCAAGGUCUUCUAUAUCUCCACAAACACUCCCGAUUGCGCAUCAUACACAGAGAUCUCAAGGCCAGCAACAUUCUCUUGGAUGGGGACAUGAAUCCUAAAAUUUCCGAUUUUGGCCUAGCAAAAAUUUUCAGCUCCAAUGAUUCUCAGGGAAGCACAAAGAGGGUUGUGGGAACAUAUGGUUAUAUGUCUCCGGAGUAUGCAUCUGAAGGCAUUUACUCGAUCAAAUCUGACGUCUUCAGCUUUGGUGUGUUACUUCUUGAGAUUCUUAGUGGGAAAAGGAAUUCUGGUUUCCACCAGUACGGAGACUUUCUUAACCUUCUUGGAUAUUCAUGGCAACUUUGGGAAGGAGGCAGAUGGCUUGAGCUUCUUGAAGUCUCGAUUCUUAAGGAGAUCCAUACAACAGAAGCUAGGAGGUACAUUAACAUUGCACUGAUGUGCGUACAAGAGAGUGCAGAUGAUCGACCCACCAUGUCAGAUGUUGUUGCAAUGUUAAACAGUGAGAGUGUUAUUCUCCCAGAGCCUAAUCACCCAGCAUACUUUAACUUAAGGGUAUCUAAGGUACAUGAAUCAGCUAGUGUUGUUGCUCCAUAUAGUAAUAAUGAUGUAACAAUCACUGAGGAGACAAAUGGCAGAUAG